GCGCAAUGUUCAAUCAACUAAGAUCCAAAUCUGAACCGACUUCCCCGAUACCUAUGGCGGAGGGCCUUUUAGCUGAGAUCUCUGAAUUAUCGCUUCUACAGGAAGCUAUCGACUUCAAACGCGUACAAUGCACCAAGAAGAGCCGGCCGGAUGACAGAUAUGAUCGACAGCAGAAUGCAGAGGGCUCUUUGCCCAGAGAACAUAUUUUUUCGAAUCAGACAAUACACGAACUGAAAGGCUAUGAGAGCUCCUUUGAUCAGACACGCAAGUGGAAAAAGCCUUUUUGAGAGGCGAGGGAACUUCGUCGUCGCAGAUCCCUUUAAACCAACUGGAUGGCUAUAACCUCCAGACCAUGGACAAUCGGUUCCACAAUCACCCCCGCAGUUUCAGAAAUGGACCUAGGCGAAACGUGGGACUGGCGGAAGGCGGAAAGCAGGCAAACGAUCCUCGAUGUAUCAUUACAAUAUCAUUACAAUACGUCUUAGGGAUACGAACGGUAAUUAUACACAUAGUUCUGCCAGAUUAAUCGAGCGGUGACCCAAAGCAGGAUUAGCGUCUGUCGGAUUUAUUUUCCGGCAAUCAAGUCGAAAGAGUUCAAAGUCAAACUGAUUUCGAAAACUACUGUAGCAAUAUAGGCCCACGAAGUCGGAUUUCUCAGCCUAUACGAGGCGUGGGCUACGAACCUGGAGACUCUGUUACUCCAGAGCCAAUGAGACACGCAAUGACGACCAGAGGAAACGAGUCCGCGAUGUUGCGGCCUGCCUCCACCGCAAUUUUAGCGACCUCGAGGCCCCUUUGGCACACAGGAACGAUUUAAAAACCAUCCGACGAUAACGGUUACAGCCUCUCAUGCCGUCACCCCAAGGUGAGUUCACAGAGCCUCUCAGAGGUGCGGAUUGAAGUCGAGCAGGACACCUGUGGGGUAGAAUUGGAUUUGUGGGAUUAGGGCUAGGGUGCAUCGCCAUCGCCCGCUGGUUCCCUACCUCAAAUCGGAUGACACUUUGGUUAGUGGAUGGAAGGAUUAUACGCUGCAGGCUUGGGUGUAUAAAGGGACCAUCUGCAAGACAUGGUCGGCCUAGAGAACGAGAGGAUACUAGGUAUCAGGAAGCAAGAAUUCACGCCAACUUGUGGACUGAGGUAUACUAUGGCAACGAUGGCUAGGAAGAAGCCCGAGAAGACGGAUGCGCAUGUCGGUUCACAAGAAGCAGGAAGGUUGUUAUGCCGUGACCCUAAGGGGACUUAGCAGAGCUGCAACUUGGCCUGGAGGGUGGGCUUAAGGAGCAAACGGGUAUAUGAGUGUGGGGGAAGGUUUUUGGCUCCGCUGGAACCCCAAAGGCUAAGAUCUUGAAGGCAAGAGGAUCUACGGACAUCUAGGAAUGAGAGUACUAGUGAGCUGGAUAAGGAGCUGGGAAAGCAUGGGAGGGAAUUUGCCUAUCUCUCCGUUGUAUUGGCUUAAAAGAACAGACUAGAUCUAAGUAUACCAAUGCAAUAUUAUAUUCGCGGUGUCAAAGGAGCCUACAAUGGAGUGUGCAAAGAACGAUUGCUUCAGAGGAUGAAAGCGCGAGGCAUACCGAAGGACCUGCUCCGGUGGGUUGAGGCGUUCUGUUCGGAACGAACGGCGACCAUCCAAAUCAAUGGACAAUUGUCCGAGGUCCAAAGCCUGCCACAGGCUGGGCUGCCGCAGGGAUCGCCGCUAUCCCCGAUUUUGUUCCUCUUCUUCAACGCAGACCUCGUUCAACGACAGAUCGACAGCCAAGGAGGAGCAAUCGCGUUCGUGGACGAUUUUACCGCGUGGGUGACCGGACCAACGGCUCAGAGCAAUCGGGAAGGUAUUGAAGCAAUUAUCACUGAAGCGCUCGACUGGGAGAAAAGGAGCGGAGCGACUUUUGAGGCAGACAAAACUGCUAUCAUACACUUCGCUCCCAAAGUUCACAAAACAGACCAGGAGCCUUUCACUGUCAAGGGACAGACCGUUGUGCCUAGAGAUCAUGUCAAGAUCCUGGGCGUUCUCAUGGACAUAAGACUCAAGUACAAGGAACAUAUCGCGAGGGCGGCAUCUAAAGGCCUGGAGGCAGCGAUGGAGCUUCGGCGACUUCGCGGCCUAACACCAGCAACCGCAAGACAGCUGUUCACAUCGACAGUGGCUCCAGUGGUAGACUAUGCUUCUAGUGUCUGGAUGCACGCCUGUAAGGACAAGGCCAGCGGGCCGAUCAAUCGAGUUCAAAGGGUAGGAGCACGGGCCGUGAAAAUGUGGACGGACAUUCACACCCUUCCAGAAACCCACCCGCUCCGUAGGAGCACAGCCUGCAUGAAGAAGUUCAGGAGAUACCACCGUUCGCCGCUGUACCAGGUAGCGGACGCGCUAAAAAACAUUGAGAUGGAAACUCUGGAAACCAUCAAUCCGUUUGUUUCAGCACGAAACGGCCUCGUAGGUUUUGGGGUAGCGAUCAAGAAACAGCCACCUCGAUAUCGGAAGCUGAAACUGAAGACCUUCUCCACGACACUAGGCCCAAGAUUAGAGCAAAACCCUUUCUCCGCGGAGCUAGCAGCACUAGCACACACAUUGAACAUGCUAGUGGGACUGAAAGACUACAGGAUCACGCUGCUCACGAGAAACAAACCAGCGGCCCUCACGCUACGGAAUCCUCGACAACAGUCGGGCCAGGAGUUCGUCUGCCAAUCGUACAAGUUAAUGAAAAGGCUGCGAAGAAACAGAAACCACAUCAAUAUCCUCUGGGUCCCUACCAGCGCGGACAAUAAACUACUAGGUCUGGCCAAAGAGCAAGCCAGGACCGCGACCCAGAAGGAUGCCGCCCUGCAAAAAUCUGCCCCCAGAAUGAAGUUGACAACACUGAAGAUCGCUCGGUCUCAAGCAGCUCCCAGCAAUGACUUGCCGGAGAACGUAGGAAGACACGUGAAACGAGUAGAUGCAGCACUGCCAGGGAAACAUACUCGACAGCUGUAUGAUCGAUUAUCGUGGAAGGAAGCGAGCGUGCUGGCCCAACUCCGGACGGGCAUGGCCAGACUCAAUGGCUAUCUUUAUCGGAUCAACGUUGCAGAAACGGACCAGUGUGCAUGUGGACAAGUAAGAGAGACCGUGGAACACUUCCUCUUCCGAUGUCGGAAGUGGACCACACAACGAAUAGCACUGCUGCAAUGUAGCCAAACUCACCGGGGCAAUCUCUCCUUCUUUCUGGGCGGAAAAUCGCCCUCUGACAAUCAGCGAUGGAUGCCGAACUUGGAAGCGGUGCGAGCCUCAAUACGAUUCGCGAUCGCCACGGGCCGACUCGACGCCACCUAA